GGAGAUGGCGGAGUUGGAUAUCGGGCAACACUGCCAAGUGGAGCAGUGCCGGCAGCGAGAUUUUCUUCCAUUUGUAUGUGAUGGUUGUUCAGGAAUAUUUUGCCUUGAACACAGAAGCAGAGAGUCUCAUGGUUGUCCUGAGGUGACUGUAACCAAUGAGCAAAUGAAGACAGAUAAACAUAAAUCUUACCCAUGUUCAUUCAAGGACUGUGCUGAAAGAGAGCUUGUGGCAGUUAUAUGUCCUUAUUGUGAGAAAAAUUUUUGCCUGAGACACCGUCAUCAGUCAGAUCACGAGUGUGAAAAACUGGAAAUCCCAAAGCCUCGUAUGGCUGCCACUCAGAAACUUGUUAAAGACAUUAUUGAUUCCAAGACAGGAGAGACAGCAAAUAAACGAUGGAGAGGUGCAAAAAAUAGUGAAACUGCUGCAAAGGUUGCGUUGAUGAAAUUAAAGAUGCAUGCUGAUGGGGACAAGUCAUUGCCACAGACAGAAAGAAUUUACUUUCAGGUUUUCUUACCUAAGGGGAGCAAAGAAAAGAGCAAACCAAUGUUCUUUUGCCAUCGAUGGAGCAUUGGAAAGGUCAUAGACUGUGCAGCUUCUCUAGCCAGUCUUAAAAAUGACAAUAACAAAUUAAUAGCCAAGAAAUUAAGGUUAUGUCAUAUUCCUUCAGGAGAAGCCUUACCAUUGGAUCAUACUUUGGAAACCUGGAUUACUAAGGAAAAUUAUCCUUUAUAUAAUGGCGGAAGUAUUAUCUUGGAAUAUCUUAGUGAUGAAGAACAGUUUUUAAGAAAUAUUGAUUCUUAUUUGGAAUAGUCAUUCAAGGAUUCAAGCCAGAAAUCACAAGGAAAAUGCUAUGUAUAUGUUUAAAUUAAUUUCUUUUACUACAAAUACAAUGUUUUUUUUAUUUUUAAAAGUUGCUUUUUAACUUAUUUCCAUUAUGUCAUAACUUACAUGAUCAGAUUUCUAUUGAUUGUGAGUUUUUGUGUUUUAAAGUUUAACUACAAACCGAUACUCAAUUUUUAGCAAAUUUUUGUAUUUAAUUAGCUUUUAUUAGGUUAUUCUGUAGUAAUAACAAGAAAGGUGUAUUUCCCUUUGGUUAGUGCCAGCUGUUGACUAGCUGUGGCUCUGCUCCAUGUCAUCUUCAUUCCAGGAUCCAAACUGAAGGAAAAACCUCUUUUGGGGAUGUUGCCAUUUUUAUGGCAGAGUUAGAAAGAGAUGCCAGACUUUUAUUUCACUUGGCUCUUAGGAUGUAUCACUUUUGCUUUGAGCAAGUCACAUGACAACCCUAGUAUCGUGGGGCCAAAAAGUAUAGUCUUGCUGUCCACCUACAUCAUGAUAUAUAAGUUGAUGUGUGUAUGUGAAUUGUAGAAAUUUAGAGAUCAUCUCAUUCAGUCUUCUAAGUUUUUCAAUUAGGAAUCUGAGGUCUAAGAAGGGAAAAUGAUUUUCUUCGUUUCACCUGUGUUGGGGCAUGUCUCUGAUAAAGACUCCCCUCCAGUAGGAUUCAUCAUUUUUGUUCGUAUGAAAGUAUUACAAAUGAGAAGAAAGGUAGGAUAGUUCAACUUCAUUACAGUCUUUGUAUAUAUACCAAAGUAAAACACAUGCCAAAAUUAACUACAUUUUAUCAACAAAUUCAAAUUAAUGCUUCUGACUGAUGUUUUCCAUCUAUACCUAACAAAGUACUACUGUAUAGAAGGAAUAGAAAUUUUUCUAUUUCUAUUUGUUCUUUUUCCCUUUUCUAUUGUAAUUAUCCUGGACAUGUAUAAUGGCUUUAGAUUUA